CCCAUCCGCGCGCCGCGAUGACGAUGAGGUAAGAAGCCCCCGGCGCCUGCACGACGCGUUCCAGAACCUCUAUAUCUUUCCUAAACAAGAUCGCCUUUGCCCGGAUGGCUUCUCGUGGCCGCGCCUCGCGUCUUCGAUAGCCCCUACGCGGCACAAACGCCGCCCCGUCGUGUUUGUACCCAUGAGCCUCACGCUUACCGCUACCGCUCCCAGGGCCGCCGUCAUCGACCUCUCCGGCGACGAACCGCCCAUCAAGAGGCAACGCGUGGAGGAUCACGCCCGCGACAGGGAGAGCAUUCGGGCACGCGUGCACGACCUCGUGGUCCCGCUGGUCAGUCAUGCUGUGCAGGGCCUGUCGCGGAGCGUCUACCGCGUAGACGACAUUGCGGUUCAGGCUGUCGCGACGCUUGUUAGGAGCCCCGUCUUCCGGAUCAAGAGCGAGUUUAAUCGUUCAGAAGCCGCCGCGCAGACGGUUGAGGUUAUCAAAGGGCUAGCUGCGCGUCCCGAAUUUCGCAUACAAAAACAGGCUCCUUCGACUCCCCUUCCUCUAAGCUACCUUCCUGAACCCCAGUCGCCUUUACUGGCUCCUUUCGAUGUCGAGCCCCGGCCCUUACCCCCUCUUGUGCGCGUUACGCAGGCUGUUGCUCGUACCGCCGAGCAGAGGAAAGGCUUUCGCGUGCGGUACGCGCAAAGACUUGGCAGAAGGGAUCAGCAAACGCAAGGAUGCCAACAGCUGGCACCGAACAGCUGGUUCAGCCAACAAAAGCGGCCGUAUCUCGCGGCUGGUGAUCGCGCUCUAGUUAGCGGCGGAGUUCGUAUUGGGAUCCCGGCCCCAGCCGUUGCCAGCCUCCCCCAAGUUUACCACGUCGACUUCAGUCAAGCAGAAAUCGAAGAAAUAUUCGACCAUCUGCUGAGAUAUAUCCCCGCUCCGGUCCCGCGCACGCCGGAGUCGCUCAAGUCUCUAGUGUAUGAACACAAUAUCCACGUCGCAUCGAUCGUUGGCAGCAAGGUCAGGGGCCGCACAGCAGAAGAUGUCAGGAACUUUUGCUCCGACCUGAUGGCCGGCACGGCUAGGGUCUCAAACAAUCAGCAAGUGCUGUCGUUGGAUUGUGCCAACGAGCGGCACCGAACAGAUCGUCGUGCUAGUCGUGUCUCGUCACUGCUGCUUGCACGUGAGAUGGAGGGCAAUGCCCGUUUCGGGCGUAUGCGGCGCUACGAAAACUUCCAGAACGAGUUCAAGCGAGCACACGAGGAUGGCAUGACGCUGGUUGCCGAGUUCACCAACUGCGCCGGCGAUAUCUCGACCAUGUCGUGGGUGCCCGACGGCAACAUCAUUUGUGGCACCACGGCGCAUUCUGAUACACACAAUCAGCAGUACAAUAAGCCUGGCAACCUCGUGCUCUGCUCGACAUCGCAGGGCACUCUUCGUGCCUUUGCGGAUCAUCGGAUUCCGCGACCGCUCGUCGAAAAGGGUGACAACUCGACCGAAGCUAUGCGACAAAGUCAAGACCCCUGGCUCUAUUCUUCCGUCGUCUCCUCCGACUACGACCAAGUCCACGGACGCGCCUUUACGUCGAGUUUCGACCGAACGGUAAAGGUGUGGCAGGUCGCCAAGACUGGCGAAGGCAUGCAGUCCAUUGCGACCUGGAGGCACGAUGGUAAUGUCAACUUCGUCGCAGCAGCAAAGGAUGGCUCAGGCCGUGUUGCCUCCGCAGCUGACGUCCCGACGAGAGCCGUCCGAAUAUACACGGUCAAUCCAGAUGAUGUGGCUAGGAGCCCGUAUCAAGCCGUCUCUUGCACCAGGACGGACGCAGACGGCUCCGACAAGUGGGCGUACUUUCCUGCUACCAUGCAAUGGGGACGGGCGCCAGGAACCACACAUCUCUUGGUCGUCGGCUACUCGCCCCGUAGUCUCACAAACGACGACCACGACAUCCCCGAGGACAAGCGGAACUCAGGAGAAAUCAUGAUGUGGGAUGCGGCCAAGGGUUGCCGAGUCACAGUCAUGACAGCCACGACGGCCAACGUCUUUGAGGUUACGUGGCACCCCCAGCUUCCUCGAUUUGUCGUCGCAACGUCACCCUCUGGGCUGCUUGUCGAGCAGCAUGUCCGGACCCAGAUACACCUCUUCCAGCGCGACCGCGACCGAGGAGAGGACGACUUGGCGUACACGGAGUUUCAGAAGCUGGACUGCCCCGCGAUAGACAUCAACGAGCUUACCUUCAUGCCCAACUCGCUCCUCCACGCCUACGUGACAGCCGCAUGCACGGACGGAAAAGUCUAUGUCUGGGACACAGCACAGGGGGACCGUCCAAUCCACACGCUUAAGCAUGCUGAGCCGCUGGAGGACUUUUUCACGCAUGACCGGGAAAGGGAGGAUACCGGCGUGAAGUUUACGGCGUGGGGUGCGUCAGCGGAUAGAUUCUAUACGGGGUCCAGCGACGGAGCCGUCAAGGUUUGGAACGUCCGCAACAGACGCAAGCCGUUUGUUCGGAACCUUUUGGAUGCCCCGGCACCUAUAUCGUGCGGCGCAUUUUCGCCAGGCCAGACGCAGCUAGCCGUUGGCGAUGCGUCGGGACGCGUGUUCCUAUUCUCGGUCGAUGAGCGAGACGAACAUGAAACGCACUUUAUGACGCUUCCAGGGACAGAUCGCAAGAUCAGACGACCGAAGCCCUUCCUCCCGCACGCAGAGCCCCCACCUCCCGAGCCCACCGCUCUGGACGAAAGCCCGGACCAGACGCAGCUGGACGUCACGACGACGGGCCGGUCGAUAGCCGCGUACGCCCACCAGACGUACAUAGCCUCCGGCCAGCUCGUCCUAACGGGCAACCCGGUCAUCGGCGCCGUCCAGGGCCCCGCCUACGCAACCACGAACCUCUUCCGCCGCGACGCCCACGCCGACGACGACCCGCUCGGCCCCCUCUUGACCGAAUUCGAGCGUCACCAGCGCGAUACCCUGGAUAGGAGCCGCGGCCCCCGCCGGCGCUCGCUGAUGCGGCUCAAGAAGAUCCUCACCUGGCCGGACCACUACCCCGACCCGACGGAAGAGGGCGUCGGCGAUGUCGAGGCUAGCCGCUUGGAGCAGCACGCGGCGAACCUAGUGCAGGACUUUGAGGCCGUCGAGUUAGACGAGGCCCUUAGGUGCGAGCUCCAGCGGGACGGGGCCGACUUCGAUCCCGAGGAGGACUGGGGCUUUUCAUAUAAGGAGAUGCCUGCGAGCCUCGACGACGAUGACGGGGCCUGUUAGACGUGCUGCGGGUAGCAGCUAAGCCGGGAUUUGCCUUUUUUAUAUACGCAAAGCAUAGCGAGCGAUUUCAGAAUAGUAAGCAGGUUAACUAAAAUAAUGAAAUCUUUUAUAUAGACCCUUUUCGUCUAUUAUUUUACCUUCC